AGUUCAAUAUAUAUCCUCUUUAUGUUAAAAGUUGAUCAAUGAAUUUCCUUUUUCCACCAUGGGUGUAUUCUACCAUGAAGAGCCACCAAACCAUCAUCGCAAGAGAUGCAAAUACCUUGGAGCUACUCUGAAGGAAGUAUUUUCCCACUGUCAAACUUUCACUCGAAGGCUUUCAACUGCAAGCCUUGAGGAGGAGUGCCCCAUCAGUGAUUUUGAUGAGGAACAGGAAGAGGUUGUCUCAGCAGUUAGAAGCCGAGCCAUGGAAAAACAAAAGCACAAAUCAAGCCCAUUGAGAGGUGGGUUUUCAUGGGUAUACUCUCCUGCAACAAGAGAAUUGUUUGUCACUCAGAGAAUGGUUCCACAAGCAAGGGAGGGAGGGGAUGAAGAACAUGAUGAAAGAGAAGAGUUUUUGUCAGUCAAAAGUUGUUUCUCAUGCUGUUCUUCGAGUGCUAUGAGUGCUGCGGAAGCAUUUUAUUCUGUGAAGACCAACCUUUCAAGAUGUUCAAGCAUGAAUGAGAUUGACUUAUCGGAAUAUUGGAGGCGUUCAAUAAUUCAGGAGUUUUGUCAUUGUGAGGGAUGGCCUUUUGGACUCUGCCGUAAAGCUGUGUUGCUUCCACCACUGCCCAAGUCACCGUCUGAGUCAUGGUUGUCGCGUAAAAUACAACAAAGUACCAAAGUUACCUGAGUCUUUCCUAUUCCUGUAAUUUCUGGAGUUGCAACAGUAAUAAGUAGUUGAAGAUUAUCGAAUAAGGGACAGAUCAAGCAUCAUAUAUAGACUAUAUAUAGUGUUAAUACACAAAGAGAAGAAAUUCUUAUUCUGUUGCAUAAUUCUUGGCUG